AUGAGUUUCGAUGUAGGGAGCGCUCAAAGGCUAGUUGGCGCACCACUUGUUCCCAACCUUAGGGUCCCAGCGCGGGGCGCUCCAAUACAGUCGACGUCGUCAGAUACGGAGGCGCGCACAUCAUCACCGGAUACAACAGCACCAGCUGCCCUUUCUGAGCGGGGCAGCAGCGGUUCAGACCCGUCGGUGAGCGGCCGGACCCUCACCGGCGGUAGCAGCGGCAGCGGUAGGGACAGCAGCAGCGGCGCUUCCUCCUCAUUUUCCUCCUCAUCUUCCUCGUCUUCCGGAUCCCCAAGCUCCAGCUCGGACUAUGUUAGCGCAUUCGGACUUCGCAUCAGCAAGGACGACCUCCUAACUAUCGCGCUGGCCGUGGCGAUAUCGUACGGGAUACGGACUUUCGUGGCAGAGCCCCGCUUCAUCCCGUCUCUAUCCAUGUACCCCACCUUUGAUGUGGGUGACCGGCUCAUAGCCGAGAAAGUCACCUACAGCUUUAUUAGGUGCGACAACGUGUCUGCAACGACGACAGCAGCGCGGGAUGCCGGGUUCAAACCAGGAUGUUUAGCACGGCGCAGGCCUGCGAGCCCAGGUCGUCACCUUUUCCUGACCGCAAUUUGCUGCAGGGACCCGGUGCCGGGCGACGUGAUCAUCUUCCACCCGCCAAAGGAGAUCUCCCCGGAGCCCUCCAUCUUCGGAGAUGACAACGUCUACAUUAAGCGCGUGGUGGCAGUCGAGGGAGACACCAUUGAGGUCCGUAACGGCCGGACAUACGUCAAUGGAGUCGCGCGCAACGAGCCAUUCAUCGCGGAGCAACCCCUGUACGAGAUGCCGAAGCUUGUUGUGCCUCCAGGGGAUGUCUUCGUGAUGGGCGAUAACCGCAAUAAUAGCUACGAUUCGCAUCUGUGGGGGCCCUUGCCCAAGGAGAACAUUGUGGGGCGCGCUGUGGUGAAGUAUUGGCCGCCAUGGAAGAUUGGCGGACUGCAAGACUACACGGAGGUUACACCCGGAACGGCGCGGGGCACGGGGCCCUAGCAUCACAGCAAUAGUCGUGUUUUACAUAGCUCCGAUGGUUCACAUUUAAAAUGGGCCUCGGGCAUGGAUUAAUCACUAGAGGAGCUAGUAAUGGGGUGGCUGGCCUCACCCCGGGCUCCGCGUGACCUCGAUAAUUACUAGUCUGGCACAUUGACGAGGAAUAUAGAACUGGUAGUAAAUAUGUGGAGCAAUUUUAUCGUGCCGGCUGAAAAAGCACGGAGUGCAGAGCAGAGGAAAGCUGGAGCAUGGAGUGCUUGCGGCUCCUAAUUACUAAGUCUGAGAGCGCUGCAGGUCAUAAAUGGUGUAGCAUUUAAGAGCGGUGAAAGGAAAUGAGGGCAUUGGAACACUCGUUCUGCCCUCUUUAAGGAGUAUCCUGGGAGAGUAGCUGCAAGACUCUGACUCGGUGGCAUGCAGGAGGAUAUCCGUGUGCGUCGGGCGAGAGAGGAAACUGAGUUGCUCUUCGUGUCGUCACGGGCAAUACUCUGGAAUUUUGCGGGGCUCGAGCCAUCGGCGCCAUGCAAUAUGGCCGCAGAUGAAGUUUUGUUGCAACAGUCAGAAUAGGCUCAUGGCUGACGGCUGGAAAACGUCUUAAAAAGGAUUAUUUUAAGACUCGGACGAACUGAAUAAUUUCAGGUGUAUGAACGUACCCGUC